AGAAAUCAAAAAGGUACAUAACAACAUCAAAACUACUCACUACUCAUAUUUUGUUUUUACAUUGAAAAAAAAAAGAAAAAAAGUUAACUCAAAAAAAAAUUAAUAUAUACACAAACAAACAAAAAACCAAAAAAAAAAAACGAGUAGUAGUGAGACGAAUAUGGCGCAGAUGCAGCGAGAAGAGGCAGAGUCCGUCACGAAAGAGACGACGGAGAAGAAAUAUUCAGACGUAGGCGGCGGAUCUUCCGGCGCUCAGGCGACGGCGUUUAAAUUCAACGCUCAGGCGCCGGAAUUCGUACCGCGAUCACAUACCACCGCACCAGCACCACAGGUUUCUCCGAUCUCCGGUUACUUUUACCCUUGCUUCCAUUACAACGGCGGUUGCAUUGGAGGAUGCGGCGGCGGAGGAACAAACGUUGGUACUCCAUCGUCGGAUUGGAUCUACGUUGGAGGAGGAGAUCCUACUGGUCAGCAUCAACAUGUUCAUGAUCCGGCGGCUGCGUUUUACAUUCCGAGUCCGGCUGUUCAGUUUCCGGCUAAUCAAACCUCUUCCUCUUCUUCCUCUUCCAAGAAUCUGCUUUCCGAUGAUCUCCGGCUUAAGAUCGUCAAACAGGUUGAGUACCAGUUCACGGAUAUGAGUCUCCUAGCCAACGAGUCCAUUUCAAAGCACAUAAGCAAAGACCCUGAAGGUUAUGUGCCUAUAUCAUAUAUUGCUUCGACUAAGAAGAUCAAGGCUUUAACGAGUAACCACCACCUAGUUUCACUUUCCCUACGCUCUUCCUCAAAGCUUGUUGUGAGUGAAGACGGCAAGAAAGUUAAGCGUACAAGUCAAUUUACUGACAGAGACAGAGAGGAAUUGCAGGGCCGGACUGUUGUAGCAGAGAAUUUGCCAGAUGAUCAUUCUUACCAGAACCUUGAGAAGAUUUUUGGAGUUAUUGGAAAUGUCAAAGCGAUUCGUAUAUGUCAUCCUCCAGAGUCCAACUCCUCUCGUCCAAAAGGAGAUUUCUUGAUGAGCAACAAAAUUCACGCGCUUAUCGAGUAUGACAACACUGUUAUCGCGGAUAAAGCUGUGGAGAAGCUGAACGAUGAAAGAAACUGGAGGAAAGGGCUUCGUGUGAGGCUGCUUCUUAGAUGCUCUCCCAAAUCAGUGCUCAAGAACCGAAGAAACUUCGAUGGAAUCCUCAUUGAUGAUGAGCUCCCUUCUUAUGAAUCAGGAGAAGACUCUCCACGUCUCCAUUUAACCGAAUCACAGCUUGAUAACGAUGGUGAUGACAACAAUGUUGGUGGACUAUGGGGUAAAGGGAGAGGAAAAGGAAGAGGACGAUCCCCAAGAAGCUACGCAGUAGGAGGAGGAGGACGUAGCUUCGGGAUUGGGCUCGGAGUCAGCCUCGGGAUACCGAGCCUAGGUUCACACGAAUCUUCAUCUCCUAAAACAGCAACAAAGGGACCAAGAAUGCCUGAUGGAACGAGAGGCUUCACCAUGGGGCGAGGCAAACCUUCCUCCAUCUCACUCUCACCUAACAAUCUCUAAAUAAUUCCCCACCACAAGGACUACUAUUUUUAUGAUAUAAUAGAGGUAAAAAAGUAUUAGAGUGAAUUAACCAAAUAAUACAUAAUAUGGGGUUGGUUUUUCUAAGCUACGUUCACAGAAGCAAGCAAAAGGCACAUGACUUAUGGGAGAAGAGAUAGUGAAAAUGAACUAUGAUGAAGGCAUGGUGACGUUUUUUUGAGGGUUCGUCUUAUAUAACUUCUUUCAUCCUCUCAAUUCUUUUAACUUGGUAAUUUUUUUCUUUUGUAUGUUUAAUAUAUGUUUUAUGUUUUGUGAGAUUAUUUGAAUAAUGAAGGGUUUAUAGCACAAGAAUUGCAACCCUAGCUGUGUAUCUCAACUCUUUAUGUUGAUUUAGAUGAAUAAUGGAUUGAAUAAGUAACUGUAAGAUUGGUUAA